AUGCUCGACAAGAGGAGCAACGACGGCGCAACAUCCGUCCACUACACCAUGAAGACUCCUCAUUCAGCUCCCAGGCCCUCGCCUGCGCCUCGAUCUUCCCAUAGCCACUCGCACUCGCAGUCCAAACUCGCCGUCCCGCCCGCAAAAACUCCAAACCCUUCCACGCCCAUGGCCUCUCCAAGAAUGCCCUACUCUGUCGGCCAGUCCAUGCCUCCCCAGAAGCUAUCCCCGGCAAGACAGGCAGAGGCGAGAGCCGCGAGUCCAAACUACUUUGGCCUCGUUGUCGAGCAGUCAGUCGACCCAAGAGAAUCUGCCUCUAUGCCACGGGACAACUGGAGCUCCCCGACUUCGUCCGUCCGGUCUUUCGGCGCCGCGCUGCCCAAGCAGGUUCCCAUCGAUGCUAACCCCGACUAUGAGGCCUUCAAACGACAAGCUGAUCUUAACCGUGGUUUGAGCUUCAGCCUCUCUUCCUCUCACUUCCCGCAAGCUCCCCCGAACCCGACCACGCUCCGUCCUCGACCGCCGAGGUGGAAUACCCAUGCCAGCGAUCACGCCCCUGACUUCUCGAUACCUCGGGCGACGACGGAGCGAAAGCAGAGCAAGGAAGUUGACCAGCAAAGCCUGCACGACUCGGCUUACGCCUCGUUGGAUUCCAAGCGCAACUCCGAGGCGUCGAUCCAAACACCACAGAUUCUCAGCCUGAACAUGCCAAGAUUCGAGUCGCCGAUGCAAUCUGAGUCGCCCUUUGAACGUAGAACGACGCUGUCAAAAGUAGAAGACCGUCAUCCUAGGUUAUCCAUCUCGCAGAAUAAACUUGACGCGCCAGCACCGAGCAAUGCUCGAGCGAACCAGCCACGCGCCGAGACCUUGCCGCCGACCAUGGAAAGCGGCCCCUCGUUGAUAGCACCGUCCCAAUUGAAGGACUUGAUCGAGGCUGACGGCUCGGAGAGUGACUUGUUGCUUCUGGACCUGAGGGUGUCACAGCAGUAUGCGCAAGCUCGCAUCGAACGCGCACUCAAUCUCUGCAUUCCGACAACACUACUCAAGCGAGCUACCUUCAACUUGACCAAACUUCAGCAAACUUUCCAAAGCCCGGAGAUGGAAGGGCGAUUCUCACAGUGGAAGUCGACAAAGCACCUCGUCGUCUACGAUGCGUACUCUGCAGAGAAACGCGACGCUGUUUCGUGUAUGAACAUGGUGAAGAAGUUCACGAAUGAGGGGUACUCUGGCAACAUGUAUAUCCUGCGGGGUGGCUUCAACGCUUUUGCUGACGCUUAUCCCGAUUUUGUGGAUGAGGGGUCCGGCCCCCUUGCGAGCGGCUCGGCCCCGGCGAUAUCGAGCGACGGCAAUCGGCCCGGCAUUGCACCGGUCAUUGGAGGCGUGAUGCUGCCAAUGACACAAAACAACGCCAACCCUUUCUUCUCCAAUAUCCGCCAGAAUAUGGAUCUCGCCGAUGGCGUCGGCCAGCUGGAUAUUGCCCGUCCGUCGGGUCUGGAGUCUCCCACGUUGCCCCGAUGGCUCCGUGAUGCCUCGAAGCCGAGCGAUCGUGGCAAGCAAGUGUCCGACAAAUUCCUCACCAUCGAAAAGGCUGAGCAAUCGCGGAUGAAGGCAGCUUAUUCCAUGUUUAGCGGUAGCGAGAAGGAUAAGGCUGUGCCACAGCUUUGUGGCAUCGAGAAGGGGGGCAAGAACCGUUACAAAGACAUUCUUCCGUUUGAGCACGCUCGAGUCAAAUUGCAAGGCCGUCCUGAAGGGGCAUGUGACUACGUCAAUGCCAGUCACGUCAAGGCGUCUCGGAGCAACAAGAGGUACAUUGCUACCCAGGGCCCGCUCCCUGCCACUUUCGAGGAUUUCUGGUCUGUAAUUUGGGAACAGGAUAUCCGCGUCGUCGUCAUGUUGACCGCUGAGUCGGAAGGAGGUCAGCUCAAAUGCCACCCUUACUGGCAGGGCAGGGAUUUUGGCUCGAUCAAGUUGAAGCCGCUAUCAGAGAAGAAAGUAUCUCUGGACAUUGACAAGCACCGCGCCAAUCAGGGAUCAGGUGCCCCUUCCAUUGCAGCAGCAGCAGAAGCUGGCCGCCGCCGCGCACAAACGACGACUACGUUGGAGGCCUCAAACUCUUCCGCAUCGCCAUCGCCUCCACAAUACGAGACGCCGCACGUCAUUAUUCGGAAGUUUGCCCUGUCCCACGGCUCACACCCCUUUGCGCCCAUACGUGAGAUCACUCACUUGCACUAUCCAUCUUGGCCCGACUUUGGAGCGCCCGCGCAGCCAUCACACUUGCUAGCCCUCGUGGACCUAGCUAAUGUGAUGCAGCGGUCAGCGUUUCCAGUUGAUACGUCUUCGAUCAACAAUUCUCGUGUGUCUCCAGAUUCGGGCUCUAUUGCCUGGUAUGACGAGCCAGAAAUGGAUCAGAGAGCGAGGCCGAUGCUGGUGCAUUGCUCUGCGGGAUGUGGUCGAACUGGUACCUUCUGCACUGUAGACAGCGUCAUUGAUAUGCUCAAGCGUCACCGACUUGCCAAAACGACGACGAAGCCGGUUAGAAAGCGGGAUUCGGACGGCGAUAUCAAAAUGAGCGGGUCAGAGGAGUCUUCGCCUCGAGAAAAGACAUUUGAUUUUAAUACCAGCAGCCGUCGCACGAGCGCCGAUGUGCGACGCGGCUCUCCAGACAGAACCCCAUUAGACACGGCGUGGUUAGCGGACGACAGCGACACCAUGGACCUCAUUCAAAAGACAGUCGAGGACUUCCGAAAUCAACGACUAAGCAUGGUGCAGAGUCUGCGUCAAUACGUCUUGUGCUACGAGACCAUUGUGGAAUACGUCUGGAGAUGGCACGAGAAGAGCUUAGGCUCUCCCAAGGGAGGAAGAGCACGAAGUGGAAGCUUGCAGCUUAGAGGGGACAACUAA